UUUUUAAUUGUUGAAAGUAUUCGUUUAUUCUAAUCUAAUUGAAGACUUCUCCUAUUCCGAAAGGGAGAUCUCAUAGUAUCUAGGUCUUCCUUUAGUUUCUUUACCCUAUCGAGGAUAUGAGAUGUCUCUUGCUCUAAAUGAGAGCGGUAGGUCAUUGCUUGGGUAUCACUUGUUCUCAUCGGAGAUGAUACCUUGAGUUUGCAACUGUCAUAAUUUGCAAUUUCCUCCUCACCUUCUUCCUCUUUGGGGAAAUUGGAGAUAGACUGGGAGUAGCUUAGUCUUUGGAUAAAUGAGUCUGUUGAUUUGUACCUUUCUUUAAAACUUCGAGAAUUCUCUUUAUUCUGAAAACUCAGAGGGGUCCUUUCAAGUUGUUUACAGCCUUCCAAACUUGUCGGGAAAGGAGGUGUCUUCAUCUCAGAAUAAUCCUGAUGCCGAUUCCUUUUAGUAUUUUCUAUAUUACAAAUAUCCUUGAAGGCUUCGAUUGAGAUUGAGUCUUUAAUCCUAGUCUCAGUCUCAUCAUGGAUAUUGACAAGUUCUUCAGACAUGGAAUCAUUUGAUUCAUGCUUUUCUUUACUUCAGAAAGAAAGGUGGGUUUCGAAGUUGUCUUUCUGGACCAACCACUUACAUGAGGCUCACUCGAGUCUUUCAACAUUGGCUAAUUUCUCACAUAGUCACUCAUUCUUCUCCUUUUCAGCCUUCAAUUCUUUGACUUCUUUGAUUAAGUUGGUGAACUUGUGCUCUUUCUGGUUCAAUUUCUCGAGAUUUAAGUUGAGCUUAUCAAACUUUUUGACAAUGUCUUCAUGAUCGUUCAUGCUCAUGGACCUUGUUUCAAAGGAUUUCUUUUCCUGGAGCACCUUACUACUAUUAAUUUUCUUAGCCUUAGUCAUUCUCUUGGGAGAUUUUUGUGUGGGACUUUUACAGCCUGAUGUCUUUUUCUUCUUACUGUUCUUAUUACUCUGCUUACACAUCCUCUUAGAAUGUUUUCCUGAAAGUUCUAAUUUCUGUAACUGACCUCUAAUAGUAGUUCACUCAGGCAACAGAUCACUGGGGUUCUGGUUGCGCAUCAACUUCUGAAGACUGAUUGUGCUACCUUUGGGGAGCUUCAAGUUCCUAGAAGCUUUGCAGUGAUUGCCUUCUUUGCAGAUAAAGAAAUUUCUUAUAUCGAUAAUUCCUUCUGAGGGCUUUUUACUAAGAUUUUAUUUUUAUUUAAUUUUAGCUGUCUUCUUACUUGCCUUGGCGAGUUUGGCUUCUUUGGAGGCUGGCUUCUCUUUGACUGGGGAUUUAGAGACCCUCGGCGAGGAAUGCUUUGUAUUUAUCUUUUUAAUUAUUUGUUUGAGCUGAGCGAUUUCGGAUUUUAAUUUUAGUUCUUUCUCUUUUAGGAGUAAUAUGGUCUCCUCGUAACUUUUGUUUUGAGAUUGUAAGUGUAAGGCAACCUUAUCUUGUGAACAUCUAAGGUCCAUCGUCUGGAACUGAAUGUCAUCUAGUUUAGACUUUAGAGUAUUUUCGGCUUCUCGGUGACGAAGCUUAAUUUUAUCAAUUUCUAUAUUAUGCUCUUCUAUAACUUUUUCACGCUCUUUUAAGAUUUGUUUUAAUUUUUCGAUUUCUUCGUUAUUUUUGGUCAAUUUUUCUCUCAUUCUCAAUCUUGAUUUCAGAAAUUUGUUCAAGAUGUAUAACCCUUUCCUUCAUCUGUUUUUCAUCUCUCUGAGUAUCCUUCAGAGCCAGAAGAGAUAAUGAACGCUCAUAAGUUUCUCUGAGAUUGUAAUCUUCGUUAUUAUUUUUCAUUUAUUUGGUCCUCAAGAAGACCAAUCUUUUGCUGGAGGAUAGCGUUCUCUUUUUUAAGGAUAUUUUCUACCUCCUUGCAUUCUUUAUUACCACAUUUACAGUCUGCUGACUUUA